GAAACUAAACGUAUUUAUUCUUUAGCAGCGAAGCGUGUUUCAUGUGAAUUUAUUUUGUUAUUUGAUUUUUUGCACAGCUCGUGCUAAAAUACUUUUAAAACGCGUUAAAUUCACUUAGAGCGCAGUUAUUGUGUAAUUUAAGUGUUUUGUUUGUCUAAUUUGGCAAUAUGGUUGUUGUAUCACCAACAUUUUCUGUACCGGCCGAGGGCAUUUUAAUGCAAUUGCCUUCGGUAAAACUUAUAGUAAAUAACGACGUAGACUUGGGUACAGCUACACUAUAUAUUACCGAGCACAAUGUAGUAUGGGGUGGGGGCGUGGGCAGACAGGGAGGGCCGUCUCCUACAGUGACAUUGAUGUAUCAGAACAUCUCGCUGCACGCCAUACAGAGAGACCCGGGCCCAGGACUCAUUCUGGUCAUCAAUCAUGAACUCAACCUCCCUGAGAUGACACAGCAGGGCGCGGGAGACGCGAUAGCAGAUGAAGAUGACGAUUAUGACGCUGAUGAGGAACCCAUGACCAAACUGAGGUUCGUCCCGGCCAAUGACAAUGACUUAGAAGGUCUGUUCCUCGCGAUGAACCAGGGCCAGGCGUUACACCCGGACCCCGCAGACGAGGUGGAUGACGACGAGGACCCCUACAUGGAUGGAGAGGAAUUCGAUGAUGGAGAGGAUGAGUUCGAGGAUGCUGAGGAGAGCAACGCGUCGCCGGAGGAGGCGGCGGCGCGGCUCCGGCAGAUGCGGCUCGACAACGUUAACGGAGCCCACGAACGCUUAAACGACGAAGCAGAGGACGCGGAAAUCGGCGAGUGAUCACUUCACACACAUAAACAAUUAUUGCUUCUUCUAUGUGUACACUCACGUGCCACGCACACACUUAAACACUCAGCUAUGUGCAGAAAAGUAACGCAAGAAACAUAUAAUUACUGCUAAAAGUACUGCAUUUUAGUAACUUUUAAUAAAAAGGGGUCAUAUAUUUUCUGAUGAUUAUGACCACUAACAGGAUAGAAAAAUGAAUAAACUACAGAGUUAACGUUUUAAAUGGUAAUUCAAAUAUAAUCACAAUAUGCAUAAUUUCGGUAAUAAAAAAUGGACAUGUUAUAGUGAAUUCACCAUCAAAAUACCCUACUUUUGGGAUUAUCCCACUUUCUCUGUGAAUAAAAUGUAGCUGAGUGUUUUCGUAUGUGUUACAAUGUACUUAUAGAUAUAAUUUUAACACAAUAUAGCUGUUUUUGUGUCAUCGAUGUAUGCCCAACCAUUCCUACGUGUAGGCCUCUAAAACGGAUAGACACAAACACAUGAGUAUUUUUGUAUCAUCAUUAUUAAUAUAUAAUACUCGAUUGUAAUGUAACUCCCGCUAAAAAUGCGUGUAUGGAGCGUACGAUAUACCAAAAUAAAGAAAAAUAUUAGAACACCAGUCGUCGUUUUUAUUAUGAUGAAUUUGAUGUUGCUUUUCAUCACAAUUUAAUUUGAGUUUAAUAAAAUUUUAGUGUAUAAAUAGUCUUAUUUAUAACUUGAUUACUUCUAAUCUGUCAGUUUUUGAGGCUAAUCCAUACUUGAAUUAUGAUUACACGGGUAAACUAACUAAACAGUCGUUAGACCACGAGAAAGAGGUAUUUCUUCAAAAAGUUGGACUAUCCUCGUCCAAUUCAAUUAAAAUCUCAAUUAAUUCACUUCAGUAGAGUCUGGAGUCAUGUUGUUGUUUUUUAAGACAUUUUUGUAAUCAUAUAGAUGUUAAUACUAGACUAGAAAUGCAAUUUUGUGCAUAAAAUAGUCCAGAAUGAUAAAAAUAGUAAUACAUACAUUGUACUGUCGAAUAUAUUCUGAGAUUUAUAUUGAUAGUUGCGCACAAUUCGCGUUUUCUCAUUUCUACAUAAAUUCUUCAAAGGCCAAUAAAAUAUUGAAAUUUCAAACAUGUAUUUUUAUUAAGGUUCCUAUUGUCUUAUGAAUUUCAAUACAAUUAUGAAUGCAAUUACAUUAUAUGCUGCACAUUUUUGCAUUUCUAGUUUAAAUAAUUCAGAUGUAAUAUGUAUUUAUGUGAUAUUUUUGUAACAAGUGGCUUUUGCACCGUCGCCGCUUAAAUUUAGAUUUCACUUUGGACCGUCGAAUUCAGCCAAAAUUACUUAAACUAACCUUGUAAUUUUCUUUCAGAAAAACUGAAUUAAAAAUAUCUAGUUCCUAUUUUUGUGACGGUCUGAAGAUAAUUAGUAAAAGACGAACGUUUUAACGCUUAUUCACGGCAAUGAAUAAGUAGAUAUAACUAGGUUUCAAGUUUUGCAUGUAUUUAACAGUUUCUGUAAAUUGUUUGUGGUAUGACGGUUGACUUGCACUAUUACACAAUAUAUAUGUGUAAUGUUAGCCAAUUUUGUGUGAAACGGGUUAACUAACUACAUGAUACUUAUAAUAAAAAGACUGAGUUAUUUUUAUUGGUGAAGUAAUAAAGUAGGAUUCCUUCAUAUUUGUUUUAUCUAUGUAUGAAUGUUAAAAAUAAAUAUGAUUCUCCCAAAUAAGUAUUGAAUAGACUUGACUCGAAUAUGUUGAAGAUUCAUCAGGUCAAUCGUCAUACGUCGUACUUUAUUAUUUGUUAUAAUUGAAAACAAACCAAACGGUUUGACUAAUGUACGCUCAAAUGCAUCUAGCGUAGUAUUUGUAUUCCAAAUGUGUAGUUAAUGCAACUUGAAUAAAUAAACCAUAUCAAAAA